AUGGAGGACACGCUGGAUCAGGAAUUUGUGAUUGAAGACAAUGUGAUCCUGGCACUGAGGGAGCGCCUUGCCAUGCAGGAGGCAGAGAGUCUCAAGAAAGAGGAGAUAAUCCAAUCCCUGCGUCUCGACAUUAUCAAUUUAGAGCAGUACAGGCAGGUAAAUCCUGAAAUUGAGGCAUUGAAGAGAAGCCUUGCAAAGGAACAGGAGGAAAGUAAGCAGGAAGUAAAAUCUCUGAACUCCGUUAUUCAGACACUACAGACUACAGUGGAGGACAGAGACCAGAAGGUUUCCUAUCUGCAGGAGGAAGUGGAGCAGUUGGCAUCAGACCUCAGAACAGAACAAGAUAAAAACAGUUCUCUUCAGAGGGACAACAAGGCCGCCAUCUCCCAGAGCCAGAAGGACAAAAAGAAAUCAGGAAAACUGGAAAACAUGGUUUCCUCGCAGGAAAACGUCAAACGAUUGAUGUCAGACCUGAAAAGAGAGCAGGCCACAAACAGUUCUCUUCAGAGGGACUACAAGGCCACCCUCUACCAGGUCCAGAAGGCCAAAAAGAAAUCAGAGGACCAGGAAAAAAUGGUUUCCUCCCUGCAGGAGAAAAUCAAACUGUUGACAUCAGACCUGAAAAGAGAGCAGGCCGCAAACAGUUCUCUUCAGAGGGACUACAAGGCCACCCUCUACCAGGUCCAGAAAACCAAAAAGAAAUUAGAGGACCAGGAAAAAAUAGUUUCCUCCCUGCAGGAGAAAGUCAAACAGUUAAAGUCAGACCUGAAAAGAGAGCAAGACAAAAUCUGUUCUCUUCAGAGAGACUACAAGUCCACUGUCUCCCAGGGUCCAAAAAAUUCCCAGAAAUCAGAGGACCAGGAAAAUAUGGUUUCCUCCCUGCAGGAGAAAGUCAAACAGUUAAAGUCAGACCUGAAAAGAGAGGAAGACAAAAACAGUUCUCUUCAGAGAGACUACAAGGCCACUGUCUCACAGGGUCCAAAGAAUUCCCAGAAAUCAGAGGACCAGGAAAAUAUGGUUUCCUCCCUGCAGGAGAAAGUCAAACGGUUGACAUCGGACCUGAAAAGAGAGCAAGACAAAAACAGUUCUCUUCAGAGGGACAACAAGGCCGCCAUCUCCCAGAGCCAGAAGGAAAAACAGGAAUUGAAAGAACUGGAACACUUGCUCUCGUCACAGCAGGAGGAAGUGGAACGGUUGAUGUCAACCCUGAAAAGAGAGGAAGACAAAAACAUUUCUCUUCAGGGGAACUACAAGGCCACCGUCUCCCAGGGCCAGAAGGACAAAAAGAAAUCAGAAGACCUGGAAAACAUGGUUACCUCACUGCAGGAAAAAGUCGAAUGGUUGAUGUCAGACCUGAAAAGAGAGCAAGACAAAAACAGUUCUCUUCAGAGAGACUACAAGGCCACUGUCUCACAGGGUCCAAAGAAUUCCCAGAAAUCAGAGGACCAGGAAAAUAUGGUUUCCUCCCUGCAGGAGAAAGUCAAACGGUUGACAUCGGACCUGAAAAGAGAGCAAGACAAAAACAGUUCUCUUCAGAGGGACAACAAGGCCGCCAUCUCCCAGAGCCAGAAGGAAAAACAGGAAUUGAAAGAACUGGAACACUUGCUCUCGUCACAGCAGGAGGAAGUGGAACGGUUGAUGUCAACCCUGAAAAGAGAGGAAGACAAAAACAUUUCUCUUCAGGGGAACUACAAGGCUGCUGUCUCCCAGGGCCAGAAGGACAAAAAGAAAUCGGAAGACCUGGAAAACAUGGUUACCUCACUGCAGGAAAAAGUCGAAUGGUUGAUGUCAGACCUGAAAAGAGAGCAAGACAAAAACUGUUCUCUUCAGAGAGACUACAAGGCCACUGUCUCCCAGCGUCCGAAGAAUUUCCAGAAAUCAGAGGACCAGGAAAAAAUGGUUUCCUCCCUGCAGGAGAAAAUCAAACUGUUGACAUCAGACCUGAAAAGAGAGCAAGACAAAAACAGUUCUCUUCAGAGGGACUACAAGGCCACCAUCUCCCUGGGUCAGAAGGACAAAAAGGAACUGAAAGAACUGGAACGCUUGUUUUCGUCACAGCAGGAGGAAGUGGAACGGUUGGUGACAACCCUGAAAAGAGAGGAAGACAAAAACAUUUCUCUUCGGGGGGACUACAAGGCCGCUCUCUCCCAGGGCCAGAAGGACAAAAAGAAAUCGGAAGAACUGGAAAACCUGGUUUCAUCACUGCAGGAGGAAGUCAAACAGUUGAUGUCAGACCUGUCACAAAGGCCAAAAAACGCAAAAACACAAGGGAAACCCAAAUGCAGAUAA